GGGCAAUAGCAUCUAAUCUAAAGUUCAAGGUGUCGUCCGCCAGUUUGCUCGUAGCAGUGGACUCUGUCAUUCGGCUUCUGCACCGCUGAUCGCUCAGUUUCUCUCAAAGAACCCCUUUUUUUAUUUAAAGCCAUGGGGGACUGGGGAUUUCUGUCCUCUCUGCUGAAUAAGGUCCAGUCCCACUCCACCGUGGUGGGAAAAGUCUGGCUCAGCGUGCUUUUCAUCUUCAGGAUCAUGGUGCUUGGAGCGGGAGUGGAGAAGGUUUGGGGGGAUGAACUGUCCAAAGUGGUUUGUAACACCAGGCAGCCCGGUUGUAAGAACGUCUGUUACGACCACGCCUUCCCCAUCUCUCACAUCCGGUUCUGGGUUCUCCAGAUCAUCUUUGUCUCCACGCCAACCCUGAUCUACCUCGGUCACGUCAUCCAUGUCAUCCACAAAGAGAAAAAGAUGAGAGAAUAUAUGCAAACCCACCAAAGCCAGGGGAUCGUCAAAACCCCCAAGUACUCUGAUGAAAAGGGCAAAAUCCAGAUAAAGGGCAACCUGCUGGGACACUACAUGACCUCCAUCUUUGUGAGGAUCAUCUUUGAGAUAGGCUUCAUCGUGGGGCAGUAUUACCUGUACGGGUUCGUCAUGAACCCUCAGAUCGUCUGCAGCCGGGACCCGUGCCCCUUCACCGUGGAGUGCUUCAUGUCACGGCCCACGGAGAAAACCAUCUUCAUCAUCUUCAUGCUGGUCAUAUCCUGCGUCUCCGUGUUGCUCAACGUGCUGGAGGUCUUCUACCUGGCGUGCUCCAAGUCGUCCAGGCGGAAGUCCAAGACGGUGCCGACGACGGCCAUCGCCGUCCAUCCCCGUUUCACGACCGACACCAUGAUGAAGAAUCAGAAGCUGGGCCUCCAUGACGCCUGAGGGACGAUAACUCAGCAGAUCCACGGAGGAACGUCUGCAGUCACACUGGCUUGUUUAUAAGAUUACAGUUACAGAAUACAGUGCUGUUAUUUAUAGGGCCUUAAAUAUCUACACAUAUGCAAAUUAGGAGUUCUAUAUUAUUCAUAUUUAAUAAAGAACAAAAAUAACAAAUAUCCAUCAGGCUAGACGUCACUGAGAUGAGGUUAUUUGUAUGAGGCACAAAUGCAUUUUUAGGAGGUUUUAUUUGGUGUUUGCUUUGUAUUUUGUGUAUAUAUGUAGCAGGACCCGCUGCUGGUACCUGAACCCCAAAGGGACCUGACUCUGGUCCAGUCCAUGCUGGCUCAAAGCUCUUUUGUUGUGUCGUUCUAAAGAGCGCUCUAGCAUAAUCAGCGCUUUGCCUGUAAGCGAAACCUUUUGUUGUUUAAAUAUAUCCGUUUGCUCUGCAACACCUGUGUUUAUAUCUGAUCAUGUUUUAUUUUUAUCGCCUGUUUUUCCCUUCCUUUACAUCAUAAAAAAAAUCAUGCUGAACAAAAGGUAUAAUUUUUGUACAGGAUUUUUUAAAAUAAAAGACAGUUUUCUGGAAUGCUGAUUGACCUCCUUACUGUGUUUCAGCAAGAGUUAUUUUACUUUUCAGUUUUUCCAAAUGUCUUGUGGAAAGUUCAAAACAAAUAUUUAAAAUGUGCAAUUUGUCUUGAUGUUUUUGGUUUUCUUUGGUCUUUGAAUAUUCGGUUGUUCCUUGUUUUUUUAUGCUCAUUUUAACUCUCGCCAGAAUAGUUUGUUUAGUUUCUUAGUUUAUUCCAGUGUAUUCAUAUUUGCACAUCUCUCUUAAGUGUUUCCUUGUGUUUUAGUUCAGCUCAUGUUUGUCUGAGUUCUCCCUGCUUACCUUCUCGUUCAGCGGCUCCAACUCACCAGUCCCCGCACGAUAAAUAACUUACAAAAGCAAGCAACAAAGACAAAACAAUAAAGUAAAUAUUAACCUACAAAUACAUUUAGUAAAUAAUACAAAAGUAGAAAGUGACCCCUGAACAAAAAAAUGAUACAUAAAUAUGUCCAACAAAUCAUAUUCAAACCUUUUUUGCCCAGGACUGUCCGAAAUGUUCAUUCUCCCCAUGAUGUUGUUAAUUGGGACGUAUUGACUCACUGCUGCUGAAAAAAAUUCUACCUUCAUCUUCAGCUCUUUAAGGUUUUAGGUAAAAACUGACCCUAUGUUUAGAACUAUUCAUUAUUUCAUCUAUCUUGUCAACAUUACUAUAAAAAAGAACUGGACAUAAAAUGAGCCCAAAACCGCAUUAAAGCUUUAAAAGGCUCUAUCAUGUGACCCUUGAUAUACCCCACCCCUGCUGCCUGCACUUCCCUCCAUGCCAGUCCGUCUUUGUAUCUGGUCUCUAGUAUUUCUGAUCCUCUUGUGCUUUUUACUCUGUCUUUCCUGGGUGGAUUGAAUACUUCUGCUUUUCUUGACUAAAAUCAUGUGAUCUGACCUUGACUUGUGAAUAAAAACUUAAAAUUAAAAAUU